UCCAAAGGACCACAGAAACCAUCCAACGGUGAGGAAGAGGAGAGGAGAAGGGAGAGGAGAGGCAGGAGGGAAGGUGGGAACGGUGGUGGAGGAGGAGGUGGCGGUGGUAGUGGAGAAGAAAUGGACGAGUCUUCGUUGCUGGAUUUGCUGGAGUGUUCUGUGUGCUUGGAGAGGUUGGACACUACAGCCCGUGUGCUGCCGUGCCAGCAUACCUUCUGUCGCCGCUGUUUGCAGAGCAUAGUGAGCUCUAGGAAUGAGCUGCGGUGCCCCGAGUGCCGCAUUCUAGUGGAGUGUGGGGUGGAUGAUUUGGCAGCCAAUAUCCUACUGGUCAGGCUGCUGGAUGGCAUCCGCCAGAGACCUAGAGGUAGCCCUAAUGGGAGCCCCACAGCAAGUGGCCACCAGAGCAGCAGCAACAACAGUAACAACUGUGCUAGCCCUGGGUGCUCAGCUGCAGGAGGAACCAGUGCCCCUCAUGCCACUAACGCUGUGUGCACCCCCAGUCUAAGGGAUCUGGACUCUGCCAGUCAGAAUGGCUUGUUGCUGACCAAGAAACAAGUAACUCACACUGUUAUUCUAGCAUCCUCUAUGCUGAAAGGUCUUUUCAUUUCACUUCCCAAACUAUUCUGUUUUAUCUUUAUGAAACAUAAGUUAUAA